AUGGACACAGUGGUUUUGAUUGGAAAACUUAAUUUCUUUUCAGGUGAUUCCAAGUAUGACUUGCUAUGUAAAGAAGAACUUAUUGAACUCAAGGACAUAUUCUCUGUCAAACUGAAACGGCGUUGUUUUGCUAGUGGACAUGGCACUUUAUUGGGUAUCACACUCUUCAUCUGUUUGAAAAAGGAACAAAAUAAAUUAAAGGAUUCUACACUCGAUCUCAUUAAUUUAAGUGAAGACCACUGCAACAUAUGGUUUCGACAGUUGAAGAAAAUUUUGGCAGGUUUUUCAAACAGACCCAAGUCAUUAAAAAUAUUCCUAAAUCCCCAAAGCCACAAAAAAGAAGCUACACAGAUAUAUUCUGAGAAGGUGGAACCGCUGUUGAAGAUCGCAGGAAUUAAGACUGAUGUAACAAUAACAGAAUAUGAAGGGCAUGCUCUGUCGCUGCUAAAGGAAUGCGAACUACAGGGAUUUGAUGGCGUCGUCUGUGUUGGUGGAGACGGUUCUGCCAGCGAAGUAGCCCACGCGUUGCUCCUUCGAGCCCAGCAGAGUGCCGGCCUGGAAACAGACCGCAUCCUGACCCCCGCCCGAGCCCAGCUGCCGCUCGGUGUGAUACCGGCAGGCAAGGGAGUGGCCACGGCUUUGCUAAAUGGACCCUCUCCUUCUAUCCUUCCACCCUCCCCUGUUUUCCUUCCUGACCUAGACAGUGCGAUAAUUCAAGGGCACAUACAACCGGUCGAUGUCUGCACCUUCAGCACCACUGGCAAGCUUCUUCGCUUCGGGUUCUCGGCCAUGUUUGGCUUUGGUGGGAGGACUUUGGCUCUGGCAGAAAAACAUCGAUGGAUGUCCCCUACCCAACGGAGGGAUUUUGCUGUAAUUAAGGCACUGGCAAAACUUAAGCCAGAGGACUGUGAAAUAUCAUUUUUACCAUUUAACAGCUCUCCAGAUUUACAAGAAAGGAGGGCACAGGGAUCUCCCAAAUCUGACGGCAAUGAUCAGUGGCAAAUGAUCCAGGGUCAGUUCCUGAAUGUCAGCAUUAUGGCAAUUCCUUGCCUGUGUUCAGUGGCACCUAGAGGCUUGGCACCUGAUACCAGAUUAAAUAAUGGAAGUAUGGCUCUUAUAAUUGCACGGAACACUUCUCGACCGGAAUUUAUAAAACACCUAAAAAGAUACGCCAGUGUUAAAAAUCAGUUCAAUUUUCCAUUCGUUGAGACUUACACUGUUGAAGAAGUAAAAGUUUAUCCAAGGAAUAAAACAAGUGCACACAGUCUAGAGGAGGAGGAUCAACCACAUGAAACUGCUUCAGAAAACAGUUUCCCCUGGAAUGUAGAUGGUGAUUUAAUGGAAGUUACAUCAGAGGUCCACGUUAAAUUACACCCAAGACUUAUCAAUCUUUAUGGUGAAAGCAUGGAAGAAAUGAAUGAUUCCAAAGUAACAUGUAAUUGUUUAUAA